AUCUGCACACAAGCUACUGUCUUACAUUGAACUGAAUCGCUCCGACUCCUGAAAACGAGUAGACGCGGUUCCGGAGCCUCCAUAGCCUGCUAAACACUUUCGCCAGAAUAGCAUGUAGUCCACAAGCUAUACGAAAAUGUCUAUUGUUUGUUUAAGUAGCUCUGUGACCUGUCCGCCGAGAGCGACAGUUGGCAGACAGGUUGGCAGACUUUCGCGCGCUCGAGCGACGGAAGACUAUACAUAGGAGCUGUCACUGUGACUUAGCAAAAGGCAGAUGUGUGCCGACAUUUGAUUACCUCGAUGCCUGGCGCUCCUCCCCGUCAGUUUGCUCUCAGGAUGCGCGAUUUAGCGCUGCCGCGCGGCCUCCUGUCAGCGGCAGCGGGGCGAUUAGCGCUCGUUGCUGCGGCGCUGUCGCUGUCGCUUUGGAUCCAGGCCGCUUGCGGUCAAAUGCCCAGCAACAGUAAUUACGACACCAACGAGGACUGGAUCUCUGGCAUAUCCGCCCAGGGCGCGGGCGGCUGCACCAUGGCUAAGAAGGCCACCUUCCGGCCGCCGCCCACCUGCCCGCCACCGCGCGUGCCAGUGCCGCGAGCGCAGGCCGCCACGCUGGGGCACCGCUUCGCACCCAUACUGUACCAGCACCCCCUGGACAGCUCCUGGCUGUCAGACCCCUCCACGUGGUACGACCAGGCGAACAAGUACGAGACGGUCACUUGGGAGACCCUGAACAAGUUUGUGGUGCCGCCCGACACGGGCUACACAGAGCAGGAGUUCGUCGAGGGGCAGCAGCUGGUGGCGACUCGGCUGUUCACGCCCACGUACAACGCAACCUCGGACCAGACCAGCUUCACGGUGGUCAGCAGUGAGGAGCUGCAGCGGCGGGCGGUGGUGGACCCGGUGGUGGGCGGGCGGCUCACAGGCAAAGUGUACUACACGAUGUUCCGGCCUUUUGACCCCAAGGAGGGCACCCUCUACCCGCACUCCUACGUCUUCACCUACAUGCUGUUCUACCCUUGGAACGGGUGCAGCAACCAGCUCCUUGCCACACAGGUGAACGGCAAGGACCAGGGCGUGGAGUACUACAUGUGUGCGGACGGCGCCCACGAGGGUGACUUGGAGCACAUCAAGGUGUGGGUGUGCGAGGACGACAUGCUGAACGACGACCCCGCCACCGCCAUCCGCCGGACCCAGUACAGCCAGCACGGGUGGCUGCCUGACUUCGACUGCACCGCCGGGGAGUGCAACUGGGAGCGCGACGAGCUGGGCACCAAACGACUUGUGUCGUACGCGGGCUUGUUCUCACAUUCCAAUUGGAACAACGCCACAAAUCUGUACGUCUACGAAAAGAUCAAGUGGGCAUCCAUCAUAAACAUGGACGGUCUGUACAUCGGCGACCGAUACGUCAAGGGACCCGUAUUCUACCCCAACCAGAACAACACGCUGUGGCUGCCCUACACAAGUGAAAUGACUCCGGCCCAACUAAGGGGCAGAUUCGCGUGGGCGGCAUUUCCAGGCACGUGGGGCGGCACGCUGUACAGCACCAACGGCCGUACGAUCACGUGCCUUUUCAACAACCAGACCGUCGAGGGGCCCUGCAACGCCACCAACCCCGCCUACUACAUCCUGGGCCUGGUCAUUCGGCCCACGGGCUGGAGCAUGGACAACAUCACCUGGGGCAACGCGGCGGGCGGCAACACGGUGACAGGGCCGCUGUGGCACCGCAGCUUCGCAUUCAACUGGGAGCUGGAGCGCGCCGCGCCCUUGUACAGUGAGAGCAUCCUGGGGGGCUUCCUGGACCAGUUCGAUGGGCUGUGCCCCUUCGAAGCCAACAUAACAACACCAGACGAGGGGGCUGGCGUGUUCCCACACACAAACCUGAAACAGUUCUUGGGGGCGGUGGUGGGGCUGGUGCUGGCGAGCAGUGUGGUGGCCUUCGCCAUGGUGCUGCCCGUACUGCUGGUGCGGCGGGAGGCAAAGGUGCUGCUGCAGCUGAAGGCGGAGGUGGAGCUUAUGCUGAAGGGCCCCGUGGCGCCCCCCAUAGCGCUGCCGCCCCAGCAGCCGCUGCAGCCACCACCCCAGCAAAAGCCGUCGCUGCAGCCGCCGCAGCCGCAGCAGUUUCCGCUAAAGCAGCAGCAGGAGCUGGAGCUGCCAGCGCCGCCUCCGGCGCCUGUGCCGCCGCCAGCAGCGCCCCCGCCGGCGCCUCCGGCACCGCUUGGUGUCGGAGAGGCUGUGUCGAACAACAGCGGCCACACUGCGGCGGCAGCAGCCGCUGUGGCGUACCCAGCUAAUGCGGCAGCAGACAAACCACAGCGGCAGCUGGGCAGGAAUUACGGUACUGCAAACCUUUCAUCAGACUCCGAUUCUAUGAACUCGGCAGCUGGCAUGGCCGUUCCUGCUUCGGCAGUGGCAGCAGCGGCGGGGCUGCAAACUGCAGAGGGUGCAGCUGGUGGCUGCGGGACCACCGAACACGUUGGCAAGCUCAGCAGCGGUUGCAUGGAGCCGCCACAGCCACUGUCGCCGUCACCCGCGGCGCAGCCCCAACACCAAUCCGUACAGAUGUCAUACGUGGACAUGUCGCACAGCUUCAUCUCCCGCGCCUUCCAUGCUAGCGUCAUGCAUCGCUACGUACUGACGGCCUGGAUUUUCGUGGGCGUGGCGUGCUACAUUGCCGCCGUCGUGCUGGGCGUGCUGGGCGUCAAGGACAUUGCGACCGCACUCAAUCGACUUGUGCCGCUGCCGUUAUGGAAGGUGCUGAGUCAAGCCAUCGUGAUUGUCUACGGAAUCUUUGGGGUCGUCAACCUGGCAAUCAUCAUCACAUCAGUCUGGAUUCGACCCCGUGUGAUCAUGGCUUGCUACGGUUGGUGCAGUGGCCACUGCGGCUGCGCCUGCUGCAAGAAGAUGAAUCGAAUGGAGGCGGCGCGUCGGUCCUGGACCGCGCACGCCGUACUGACAGGACUGCUGGGCAUUGAGCUGAACGUCACAAUGCUUAUCUUCGCGCUGGGAAUGAUGAUGUGGGUCGCGCGGCUGGGCAUCGAGGAGUCCUGCUACCGCGUCCUCACCGGGCUGUUCUCAGCGGCCUACUUUCUGAGUGACGUGUGUUUGGACCUGUCCAUCAUCGGGAUCUACACGCCGGUGUGCGGCGCUGACCUGUCCGCGCUGUGUGCGGUGUGGAGCGACCUCAACCCCGACUUCCUCGUGUACGGCUGCCUGCUGUUCGUGAUCGCAGAGACCAUGUUCCUGGUCCUGGCCACCACCAACUAUGUGGGCAUGCGGACCGGCGCCGCCAUCACUGCGGCCAUGGACCUGGCGAGCAGAGCCUCGCGGGAGGCGGAGGCGGCGGCAGCGAGGCGGCGGAAGCGUGACAACAAACGCGCAGAACAGGAGGCCGCGGCGGCGGCAGCCGCGGCCGCAGCUGCAGCUGGUGGCGGGGCGCUGCCGCGGACGUCAGGCUGGUCGGGUCUGUUCAGGAGGAAGACCGUGAUCGUAGCGUCAGCAGCCGCGGCGCCGCCGAUGCAGCAGCUCUCAGGAGGGGGUGGUGUGGCGGUCCCGGCUGCGGACGCGCGGCAGAUUCAGUCUUCGCCGGAGCUGGCGCAGCUUGGUGGGGCUGGUGGUGGUGUAAGUACAGUCAGCGCCGGCGCUGGCGCCGGCACUGUUUCAGGAGGGGCUGCGGGAGGAGGGGUUGGAGGAGGAGGGGGUGGAGGGGCUUGUGGCGAGCAAGCGGCGCUGUCGCCCCCAGCUGGGCAGGCGGCUAGCCGGCAAUGAUCGACGGCUCGUAGAUGUCUGAGGCCGGACAUUGGUGUUGGUGGCCAGGAGCGCAUUGUUUUGUGGUGUGCUCGUUACACGGGUGUGGUGCGCUCGCGGCAUAUAUCAGCAAUGUGUUAAUGGUCGUUUGGGACGCAACAGCAGUGCCAGCAUUCUUAACCCAUAAUGUAAUGACUCAUUUGCAUGGCUGUUGCCCAAGAGCAACGUAGCUCGCGUCGCGUGGCCAUACAUGGCGUGCAUACCAUAUGCCUAGCAGUGUUACAAGUUUCAUUAUGAGCACCCUUGAUCCGGACUGGUUGGAUGCGCAUGCUGGGAUGGGUGGGAUGGUGCGUGUCAUGCGGGCAGUCCUAAAGCCCUACCUAUAUUGGCUGACGUGGCAUGGAUUCACAGAUUCCUCUUUAUUUGCUUAUAGGCAUUGGCGAAACGGAUCUGGUAAUAAUGGUGCGUGGGCAGCGAGAGCACGUAUGGUACGGCAUGCUUACAGGAGGCCCUGUGCGCGCAGGGAUGGAUGCCGUUUCGUUCGACAUGAGGCAACCAGGGCUCUGACGUUUGGGCUGUUUCGCUACACCAAAGGAAACGGCAGCCGCGCAAGCUUGGAGUGCACGCAGGUGCACGAUGGAAAUUUUGAGCCCAAUGGGCAAUUGGAACUUGAACAGACAAGAUGACAUACCACUUGCCGACUGAUAAUACCGUGUGUUACCGGAAGUUGCAAACACUUGUACGAGAUGCCGUUACAGCCCUAUUUAUUCUACCACGGUAUGCGCAAAGGCAGGCAGGCACACGGGGGAGCUCGAACGCGAAC